CGCAACCUCCACGGCAGUCGCGUCGUGCCUCGCCGCUGGUGGCGGAGGUGUGCCGCUGCUGCCACCACUGCUGUCAAAGCCGUGCGCCGUACCACCCAGCCGUCACAGCCCGCAACGUGUCACCGACCGUGGAAACAUGCGCCGAGUCAAACAGACCGACAGCCAGACAGCGGGUUUGCGCAACGUCCGGCGCGCGGCAUGGUUCCGCCAACGCGCUGUCACGGCGCUCGGCAGCCGUGGCAGCAGGAGCACCCGCAGCAGCAGCAGCGAGAGCUCCUCCUAGCGCGGUUCAUGCAACGCGACCCGUGCACCGCAGCGUCUGGCACGCAGACGAACAAACAGACGCAGCAUCGAGCGGUGGGCGCGCCGCGCUGCAUGCCGUCCCGCGCCAUCCCGCGCCGUGCCGUGUUGUUUCGUGUUGUUUCGGUGCCCCUUCAUUCCUUUCUUUUCCUUUCCUUCGUCACUCCUUUCUUCGUGCUGCGUGUCUUUCCUUCCUUCCUUUCGCCGUCCCUACAUACGUACACGUACACGUCCAUGCGGCCUGCGCAUGCUGAUGUAAGAGCCGGUUUCUUGCUCCCUCGUUUCCUUUUGUCUCAUACCCACCACGUACUCCUCGGGCGGUUGUGAGGAGCUGCAUUGCGGCGCUUGGUGCUUGCUGUGUGUAGUUAAGGAUGCAGAGAAUGCGGGAAUAUGAUGCUGUUUUAUGGUCGUUUAGGUGUGCGGUGUGCGGUGUCUACGGAGUGUGUUUUCGGUGGUUGUGGGUGACUGUGGUGCUUCGUGCUGUGGUUGCUGUGUGUGGUUUAGGAUGCAGAGAAUGGGGGUAUACGAU